UUUAGGCACAAUUAUCAACACUUUUCAAGGCGCGACAUGAUGGGGCAUAAAAACUUAGCAGACACGCCCACCGCCGCCCACUAUAUAAGACCAACGCCAAGGUCUGACCACAAACAGUUUCUAUUCGAAAUUUUCUCUGUAAAGUUCCCCAAAAAGUAAAAACUUAAAUGGAAACGGUGAAGGACAAUACAGCCAGGACCUUUAUGGAAUUGAUGAGAGUGCCAGUACAGUUUUACAGAACGAUUGGAGAGGAUAUCUACGCUCAUAGAUCCACGAAUCCACUGAAAUCGCUUCUCUUCAAGAUCUAUCUAUAUGCGGGAUUCAUAAAUUUUAAUCUGUUGGUGAUCGGCGAACUGGUAUUCUUCUACAACUCGAUUCAGGACUUUGAAACCAUUAGAUUGGCCAUUGCCGUGGCUCCAUGUAUCGGAUUUUCUCUGGUUGCUGAUUUUAAGCAAGCUGCCAUGAUUAGAGGCAAGAAAACACUAAUUAUGCUACUCGAUGAUUUGGAGGAUAUGCAUCCGAAAACCCUGGCAAGGCAGAAGGAAUACAAAUUGGCGAACUUUGAAAAGACCAUGAAACGUGUGAUCAAUAUAUUCACCUUCCUCUGCCUGGCCUAUACGACUACGUUCUCAUUUUAUCCGGCCAUCAAGGCCUCCGUGAAAUUUAAUUUCUUGGGCUACGACACCUUUGAUCGAAAUUUUGGUUUCCUCAUCUGGUUUCCCUUCAAUGCCACGAAAAAUAAUUUGAUAUACUGGAUCGUGUACUGGGAU